CCAUGCUUCGCUUCUGCUGCGGCGCCGUUUUUGUCACCGAGUUUUACCGAUCAAACAAUCAACUUAUUUAUUCUGCGUUUGAUUGAAUUGCAUUAUUAUGGCGGCAGUUGCAGCAGCAAAGGUACAAGAAGUUAGGGAGAUUACGAAGAUAGAACGCAUUGGAGCUCACUCACAUAUUAGAGGGCUUGGAUUGGACGAUGGAUUGGAACCGAGACAGGUCUCCCAAGGCAUGGUGGGCCAGCUGACGGCUAGGAGAGCGGCCGGAGUUGUGCUGGGGAUGGUCAAGGAAGGCAAGAUAGCUGGCCGAGCAGUGCUACUGGCUGGGCAACCUGGCACAGGGAAGACAGCCAUUGCUAUGGGACUAGCUCAGGCCCUUGGUCCAGACACCCCCUUCACCAGCAUGGCUGGCAGUGAGAUAUACAGCUUGGAGAUGAGCAAAACUGAGGCUCUUACACAAGCGAUCCGCAAGUCCAUUGGUGUCAGAAUCAAAGAAGAAACAGAAAUCAUUGAAGGCGAGGUGGUGGAGAUACAAGUAGAGAGACCGGCAACAGGUGUCGGAGCCAAGGUGGGCAAACUUACCCUUAAAACAACGGAGAUGGAGACUAUCUACGACCUGGGCACCAAAAUGAUUGAAUCUCUUACCAAAGAAAAGGUUCAAGCUGGGGAUGUCAUUACGAUUGACAAGGCAACUGGGAAAAUAUCACGACUCGGACGAUCCUUCACUCGAGCAAGAGAUUACGAUGCUACAGGUGCACAAACCAGGUUUGUCCAGUGUCCUGAAGGAGAGCUCCAGAAACGUAAAGAAGUUGUCCACACAGUCACUCUUCAUGAGGUCGAUGUCAUCAACUCUCGAACGCAUGGUUUCCUGGCUCUCUUCUCAGGAGACACUGGUGAGAUCAAGUCUGAAGUGAGAGAACAAAUCAACACCAAAGUGGCAGAAUGGAGAGAAGAAGGCAAAGCUGAUAUUGUACCCGGGGUUCUGUUUAUUGACGAGGUUCACAUGCUUGACCUGGAAUGCUUUUCAUUCCUGAACCGAGCCCUGGAAGACGAGAUGGCUCCCAUAGUGAUCAUGGCUACCAACCGUGGUAUCACAAGGAUCAGAGGUACCAACUACAAGAGUCCGCACGGGAUACCUCUAGACCUGCUGGACCGUAUGGUCAUCAUAGCGACAACACCGUAUGAGGAAACUGAGCUCAAGGAAAUAUUGAAAAUAAGGUGUGAAGAAGAAGACUGUGAGAUGACAGAUGACGCAUUGCUGGUGUUGACGCGAAUCGCCAAGGAAACUUCUCUCCGUUACGCCAUUCAGCUGAUCACCACAGCCAGUCUGGUCAGUCGGAAACGCAAGAGCACAGAAGUGAGCAUAGAAGAUGUGAAGAGAGUAUAUUCCCUGUUCCUGGAUGAAGGGAGAUCCACCCAGUUCCUAAAGGAAUAUCAGGAUGAAUACCUGUUUGAUGAGGCCGGAGCCGGAGACAUUGAGACAAUGGAAGUUACUGUCCACUAAAACGAUGUAGCUGAGCUUCUCCACUUAAUUUCUUACUUUUAAGUUUUGUAAUAAAUAUUUUUGAAUUGCCAUGUUUCCUUGAAUUACUGUACAAAGUUCAAUAAAAUAAGCUUUUUUUA